UUCUUCUAUCAUUAAACAAAACCCAUAAAAGAAAGAAAGACAAUGACAUUGGAAGGUUCCUACCAAAUCCUGCAUUUAUUUAAACAAAAUACAUCAGUAAAUUACGAAAAUUUCAAAAACCAAACUACAAAAUUGGAACAACAGAAGAUUAAGAUUAGUCACUUUUCUCAUCAUCAUCAUCAUCAUCUCCACUAACCCUUUGGGCGUGUGGUCCGACCAAUCUGCAGAAGUUAAGUGCAAGAAGAACCGAACAAAGUCAACCAAAUACGGAUACAUGUUUUGAUAAUAGAAAAUUGUUCGGUGCUUCAUAUGGACGAACAAGGUAAAGGCUUAAACAAAGGACUCUCUGUUUUGACUACUUCAACUUAUUUACAGAGUCCCAUGGAAUCUGAUUGUGUCCCCACUACCUGCUAAGAAGUCGUACCCUCUAUCAUCAUCAGCACAACAAAAGUUACCUUUAGUGGGUUCCAACUUCUCUGAAACAGAGGACCAAGUGUGUCCUCUAAGUCUUUUUGCUAGAUCAAGUAGAAGUUGGAGACUUGGUAUAUGCAGAGUGAGACAACAUCAGAUUUGAACAAAUGGGAUGUCGACCCAAGAAGAUACAGGCACAACCCCUGAUACGCUGAUUGGAUCGUUGUUGGGGUCCAUUUCCAAGGUAAUCAGAUCUUUGGAGUUGUUACAGUCAGAAACAGGGAGCUUUCUUGAAUGUGCAUGCUAUUUCUAUCGAGUUUCAGUAGUGUUAAUGGAGAUACAGACAGGAGAGAGCGGAGUCAUAUACUCAACCAAUGUUCUUGAAUCACUAUCCGAGAGUAUAGAUGCAGCCAAGAAUCUCGUUGACAUGUCUCAAGAAACCAACGGAGAGGAAUCAACUACUGAUCUGAGAAGCGUUGAGGCGGGUUUAGGAAGCGUUGUGAAGCAGAUUGGUGAAACUUUGCAGUCAAUACCUGAAUCAGCAAUCGACGAUGAAGAGUAUAUUGGAGUGGUUGUUCAGUCUCUUUCAAUUGAGAUGCAGAACGCUAACAUUGGAGAUGGUAGUCAAAGUGGGAUCAUACAGAAUUUGCAGCUGAAGAUUUCUCCACCAGAACUAGUGCCAGAGGAAAUAGACACAGAUCUUUAUCCCACUGAUCCUGAGUUUUCCUAUGAAAGUUACCUCAGUGAAUCCCAAUCACAAAUGAGUGAAAUACCAGACAUACCAAGCCAGAGCAAUGUUAGCAGCCAGAGGAAGUAUGAAUCUCAAUCACAAAUGAGCGAGAUACAAGACGUACCAAGCCAGAGCACAAACGUUAGCAGCCAGAGAAAGUAUGGACAACUUAGCGAAUCCUUGUCAAUGUUACCACAGGUGACACAGUUCAUGGAGCCUCCAUACCAAGCUUUCAUCUGCCCGUUGACCAAAGAAAUAAUGGAAGAUCCAGUCACCACAGAGACAGGAGUGACCUGCGAGAGAAAAGCAGUAACAGAGUGGUUCGACAAAUUUGGAGACUCCGAUGAGAUUAGCUGUCCGAUCACGGGACAAAAGUUGACCACCAGAUUAAGUGACAAUGUUGUCUUGAAAACCAUCAUUCAGGAAUGGAAAGUAAGAAACGAGGCAGCAAGAAUCAAGGUGGCUCACGCAGCUUUAUCUUUAGGCGGUUCAGAAAGUAUGGUUAUCGAUGCAUUAAGAGAUCUGCAAAUGACCUGUGAAGGGAAAGAGUACAACAAGGUCAAGGUCCGAGAAGCUGGGAUCAUUCAGUUGCUUGACAGAUACAUGACGUACAGAAGUAAAGAUGUGAGAUGUGAACUGCUGCAGUUGUUAAAGACACUCGCAGACGAAGACACCGAUGAGGGAAAGGAAAUGAUUGUGAAGACGAUAAAUAUGUCAUGCCUAAUCAAAUUUUUGGGAAGCAGUCACCAGCCUGUAAGACAUGCAGCACUAGCCUUACUGCAUGAGCUUUCAAAAUCUCAGUAUGCCUGUGAGAAGAUUGGGACUGCUAGAGGCGCAAUACUGAUGUUAGUUACCUCAAAGUAUAACGAAGAGUCGGAUGCCUUUGCUUCUGAAAAAGCAGACAAAAUCUUAAGAAAUCUUGAGAAGUUCCCUGACAACAUCAAGCAAAUGGCAGAGAGUGGGCUAUUAGAACCUCUUCUCAACCAUCUAGCAGAAGGGAGUGAAGAGACGAAGGUGGUAAUGGCUGCAUACCUUGUGGAAAUUGAUAUAGGACAUGAGAAAAAAACUUAUGUAGCUGAGAAGGCUUGCCCUGCGCUUGUCGAGCUGGUGCAAAGUGAAAACAUUGAGGCUCGAAGAGCAGCUUUCAAAGCUCUUGCUCAUAUAUCUUUGUAUCACCCCAACAACCAGAUACUGGUAGAAGUAGGCAUCAUCAAGAUCUUGGUCGAAGAAAUGUUCACCAAGCGGAUGUUCAGUGAUCUGAUGAACUCCAGGAAUGAAGCUGCUACGAUACUUGCAAACAUAUUGGAAUCUGGAGUGGAACAUGAGACCUUUGAGGUGAAUACUCAUGGACACACAUUAGGCUCGGAUUACUUUGUAUACAACAUCAUCCAAAUGCUCAAGAACUCAAGCCCCGAUGAUCUUAACAUUGAUUUGAUCAGGAUUCUCCUAUCCUUAUCCAAAUCACCAAGAGCAAUGGCAACUAUUGUCUCAGUGAUUAAAGAAACCGACGCAAGUUUUGCCAUGAUAGAACUCAUCAACAAUCCUCAUGACGAAUUAGGGGUUGGAGCAUUGAAACUUCUCAUAGCACUAACACCUUUCAUCGGUCACACUUUAUCCGAGAGACUAUGUAAAACUAGAGGCCAGCCAGCGAAUCUUAUCCAGUGCCCAGCAGAAGCAAAUCAGAUAACGGAGAAGCAUGCUGUUUCAGCCAAGCUACUCGCUAAACUUCCUCAUCAAAACCUGACUCUGAACCUAGCACUGGUCAACGAGAGCAUAGUGUCUGAAAUUCUGCAUGCAAUCCAUCUGAUUCAAAGAAGUGGAACAAGAACAAGCAGGUACGCAACUGAUUUUCUGGAGGGCCUCGUUGGCAUCUUAGUGAGAUUCACAACCACACUGUAUGAGUCCCAAAUGAUGUACCUAGCCAAAAACCAUGAUUUGACAUCAGUGUUUGCUGAUUUAUUGAUGAAAACAUCAAGCGACGAAGUUCAAAGGUUAUCAGCGACUGGAUUAGAGAAUCUAUCAUCUACAACUAUUACUUUAUCUAGGCCACCACAAGCUAGGAGCACGAAAUUCAUGGGAUCACUGAGUAUUGGUAGGUCAUUCUCACUCCGUUCAUCAAAGAAGAAGCCAAUAGAGAUCUGCGCAAUCCACAGGGGAGUAUGCUCUGCAAAAACAACAUUUUGCUUGGUUGAAGCAAAUGCAGUCACAAAGCUUCUAGCAUGUUUGCAGAGUGAUAAAGUGGACGUGGUGGAGUCAGCAUUAUCAGCUAUAUACACGCUAUUGGAUGAUAAGGUUGAUGUAGAGAAGAGUUUGAGCAUGCUGAGUGGAAUGAAUGCAGUACAACUUAUUCUAAAUGCAGUCAAAGAGCACAAGAAAGAGUCUCUGUUGCAGAAAGCAUUUUGGAUGAUUGACAAGUUUUUAAUUAGAGGCGGAGAAAAGUAUGCAAUUGCCAUAUCACAAGACAGGAUGUUUUCAGGUAUGUUGGUUAGUGCCUUCCAUCGUGGAGAUGGCAACACAAGGCAGAUGGCAGAAAAUAUCUUGAGGCGUUUGGACAAGAUGCCAAGUUUCUCUAUCUAUAUGACAGAAAAAAAUGAAAUGUGAAAGCCCAUAAGGCUGUGACUACUAUGAUUUAUUGAUUUCUUUGUACUCACUGUGUAUAAAAGUUUUCAGUUUGAAUGUGAUUUUACGUUAUGAUCACAAAAUAAGACGAAGUAGUUUGAUAUAGAGAGUUUCAUUGGCAGCCAAAAUGAAUUCUUGUAUCGCCAUGAUCACAAAUCCGGAUAGGUCUUACCAUCCAUGUUCUCCAUCUUUGUCGAUCUUCUGGUCGAAUUCUUGUUAAAGUUUCUUAGCCAAUUCACCCAAUUGGAGUUCAAUGCAACUGAUGAGUCUAACUUGUUCCUCUUCUUUACAUUAAAGUCUUCAGGAUAGGUGAAGGAGCGGCUCCUUGUUCAAGUAACCUGACUUGAAGUACAACUGAGUCUUCCCUACUCUGUUCUGAUUUUGGCAGACUCGUAAUGGAGAAUCAUCAUGCUUAGCUAUAUGUGUCAGAAAAUUCCAAGAUGAAACCUACCAGAAGUCUCCGCAUGAGCAAGUUCCAUCUUUGAAACGGUGAAACCUAACAGCAUCUCUAACAAUGAUCUCUCUACCAGUGACGCUAGAGAUAUGUUUAGUGGCAAUGUGGCAAUCCACACACACUCUGAGGUUUUUCCCUACUCUAAUAGGUUGGCCUGAUGGUACAAAUAGUAAUCCAAAGGCAAUGGCGAGUCUUUCACUGUGAUAGUUAAGCAUCUUUAUUUUCACUGGUUCCUCCACAUCAUGGUGAACAAAACUAGUAUCCGGUUUAUAACCAUCAUCUAUGAUUUUCUGGUUCAAUUCCUCGAGCUUAGCAUAUAUCUGAUCUAGAUAUGGACUUGACUCAUCAUCCGCUGAGAAACUGUGUAGUUUUCCUUUCCAUUUGAUCCAGCUCUGUCCAGGUUCUUUUCUCACUUGCUUCUCUCUCAUUCUCCGCCUUAACUGUGCCACACAGUCCCAUUCCCCUUUUGAUGCAUAUAUGCUUGAUAGUAACGUAUAGCCAGCAGGAUGAUAAGGAUCUAGCUCUAUGAGUGAUUCAGCCGCCCAUUUACCUAUUUCCAAGUUACCUUUGUUUCUACAUGCACUGAGCAAAGUGGUCCAACCAACUGCAUCUGGUGGAGAAGGCAUCCCGUUUAUGAAACUCAUGGCUUCCUCUAACUUUCCAGAUCUACUGAAGAGAUCGAUCAUGCAAGAAUAAUGACCAUUACUCGGUACUAUACCGUAUUCAUUUACCAUUAACUCAAAAUAUCUCUGUCCGUUCUCCACUAAUCCUGCCCUACUACAAGCUGAUAUAACACCGGUCAAAGUCACUCCAUCAGGUUUUAGCCCAUUUUGUACCAUUCUUUCAAACAACUGAAUAGCCUCGUUGGCUCUUCCAAAUUGUGCAUACGCGGAUACCAUAGCAGUCCAAGAGACUUCAUCCCUGAAACUCAUCUCGUCGAAGAGCCUAGUGGAAUCAUCUAUAUUUCCACAUUUUCCAUAAAGAGUCACCAACGAAUUUGAAACAGUGACAUAAUGUAUUAGGCCAGAAACUAUAGCUUUUCCAUGAAACUGAGAUCCCUCUUCUAAGCUAGCUAAGUUGGCACACGCACUGAUUGCUUGUCCCAGAGUAUAAUGAUCUGGGUCGAUCCCACUUCUUUGCAUAUCAAGGAAAAUCUUAACAGCCUCUUCAGCACGACCGGUUUGGCCAUAACCCACAACCAUUGCUGUCCAAGACACGACAUUCUUCUGCUUCAUUCUAUCAAAAACAGUCUUUGCGUAGUCUAUACACUUACACUUGCAAUACAUGUCGAUAAGAGCACUGCCUACAUAUACGUGAUCCUGAAGAUUGGUCCUGAUUAUAGAACCAUGAAUCUGUUUCCCUUCGUUUAUUGCUCCUAAUCCUCCACAAGCAGGUAGCACACUUCCAAACGUAUAUUGAUCCAUCCUCAAGCCUUCCAUUUUCAUCUCUCUAAAAAGCUCAACAGCUUCCUUUUCCAUUCCAUUCCGAGAAAGCCCUUGUAUCAUCGCUGUCCAAGAAACUGAAUCUUUCUCCAUUCCUUGAAAUAGCUUCUGUGCAUCUUUGAUCAUCCCACUUGCUAGAAGUCCACCCAUCAGCGAAUUGUACAUGACCGUAUUUCUAUCUUCUAGACCGAAAAAAACCUUCUUUGCAUCAGAGAUGAGACCAACUUUCGCAUACAUAUCCAACAAUGGGCUCCCUACUAAAAGAUAAGACUCAAACCCACGUUUGGUAACCUGCCCGUGAAUCUGCCUGCCAAGACUAACAUGUCCAUUGCUGGAAGAAAGCUUCAGCAUUGUCAUCAACGUAACCCUCGUCAAGUUACCAUAACCAUCUCUCAUCAUCGUUUUAAAAGCCUUGACAGCUUCACCCACCAGACCACACAAGGAAUAGCCGGAGAUAAGCAGGUUCCAGGUGACACCAUCACGAAAAGGAAGCCUUUUAAAGACACGCUCCAUCUCCGAGAGAUGCCCAGAUUGUGAAUAAACCAUGAGGAGGUUGUUCCAGGAGAAGAGGUUUGGUUCGGGAAUUCCAUCGAACACUCGGCGAGCAUAAGUGGAGUUUCUGAUUUUCGCAUAACCGUGGACGAUGUCGUUAAGCAAAAGCGUCUCUGGAUAAGAAACAGUCUUGGUAAUGUGCCCGUGGAUCGUCUUUAAAUGGCGGCUCUGAUUUCUAGCUCCAGACCCUAUGCAUUGCUUUAUCUGAGCAGAGUAGUAGCUCGGCGCCAUAGUCUUCACUAUAUUUGGGUGUUUU